UGAAUUGUGGGUAAUUUCGAUGGCCGACAAAAAUAAACAAACAUAAUUUACACAUUUUUUGUCGUUUCCGGUCAGCCAUUAUUGAAUGUUAUCAGGUGGAACGGUAAAUAUAAACAGCGCCGAGGCAGGUAUGAGCACUCUACCAUCCCAGCCGGUGGUUGGAGCGCCCAAGCGGAAGGAGAUUUACAAGUAUGAUGCCCCCUGGUGUGUGUAUAGCAUGAACUGGAGCAUCCGCCCAGACAAACGCUUCCGACUUGCACUUGGCAGUUUUGUAGAGGAAUAUAACAACAAGGUCCAAAUUGUUGCUCUGGAUGAAGAAACCUCAGAGUUUACCUCAAAGGGAACCUUUGAUCACCCAUAUCCUACCACCAAGAUCAUGUGGAUCCCAGAUACAAAAGGUGUGUUUCCUGACCUCCUGGCCACGAGUGGAGACUAUCUGCGGGUUUGGAGGGUUGGCGAUACAGAGACUCGACUUGAGUGCCUACUUAACAAUAACAAGAACUCGGACUUCUGUGCACCAUUGACCUCAUUUGAUUGGAACGAGGUAGAUCCCAACCUGCUGGGUACGUCCAGUAUCGACACCACAUGCACCAUCUGGGGGCUCGAGACAGGGCAAGUGUUGGGUCGGGUUAACGUCGUGUCGGGCCAUGUGAAGACCCAGCUGAUUGCCCAUGACAAGGAAGUGUACGAUAUUGCCUUCAGUCGGGCUGGCGGAGGACGAGAUAUGUUCGCUAGUGUUGGUGCGGAUGGCUCAGUGCGCAUGUUUGACCUGCGCCACCUGGAGCACUCAACUAUUAUCUACGAGGACCCACAACACAACCCCCUGCUUCGUCUGGGCUGGAACAAGCAGGACCCUAACUACCUUGCCACCAUGGCGAUGGAUGCACUUGAGGUGAUAAUACUGGAUGUCCGAGUGCCGUGCACACCGGUGGCGAGACUCAACAACCACCGUGCCUGUGUGAAUGGCAUUGCAUGGGCCCCCCACUCUAGCUGCCAUAUCUGCACUGCAGCUGAUGACCACCAGGCAUUAAUCUGGGACAUUCAGCAGAUGCCGCGGGCGAUUGAGGACCCGAUCCUGGCAUAUACAGCUGCCGGGGAGAUAAAUCAGAUCCAGUGGUCUUCCACACAGCCUGACUGGAUAGCCAUCUGCUACAAAAACUGCCUGGAAAUACUCCGAGUGUGAUUGGCAACAGGGUGAAUAGUGGGAGAUUGUUGACUACAGUGUGAAAAAUGGGGAAAGCAGUGUGAGGUCACUGAUCCUCAGUAUUGUUAGGUUACUGAUCUUGAGUAUUGUUCGAUCUUCAGUAUUGUUUGGUCACUGAUCUUCAGUAUUGUUAGGUCAGUGAUCUUAAGUAUUGUUCGAUCUUCAGUAUUGUUAGGUCAGUGAUUUUCAGUAUUGUUAGGUCAGUGAUUUUCAGUAAUGUUAGGUCGCUGAUUUUCAGUAUUGUUCGAUCUUCAGUAUUGUUAGGUCAGUGAUCUUCAGUAUUGUUUGGUCACUGAUCUUCAGUAUUGUUUGGUCACUGAUCUUCAGUAUUGUUUGGUCACUGAUCUUCAGUAUUGUUAGGUCACUGAUCUUCAGUAUUGUUGGAUCUUCAGUAUGGUAAGGUCACUGAUCUUCAGAAAUGUUAGGAUAAUUGACCUUGACACUUUAUGCCAACUGCAUCAAAGCCUCACUCACUAAGCCUUGAAGACAUAUAUGUGGACUAAUAGACUAUGAACAUUUAUUGAAUUCCAUUUAGUUUCUGCGCCUCGCAUAAACAAAGGUUGUGUUCAUGAAUUCAAGCAAGGAUUGGGGUAUCAUCAAUUGGCAGACAUUACUGGAGAAUGGAUGUGUAUAACAGGGGUCAGAUUUUUAAAACUCAAAUGCAUGAUUUAUGGAGAAAUAUUCUUCCUAUUUUAUUCUGGCAUAUUUAAUUCCAGUCAAUGUCAAAUAAGUAUUGUGAUUUGUAAAAGUGUUCUUUCAUUAGGGACUAUCUUGUCCAUGAUGAGGUCCUGCAGUUGUACAAGUUCUGAUUCUUGAGCCCAUAUUGAAGCAAAUCUGAUACAGAGCACAUCGCGGUAUUAUACAUCACUGCCAAGUAAUUGCAGCUUGAAUUGCCAAUACUAGUUGUGUUAAAUUGCUAUAACAGUUGGGAAUUUCUGUUAAAUUCAGUGUUUUGCAUUGUUUAUAAUGCUGUGGAGUUGAUAUACAUGAGCGAGUGUAAGUUUACAUGAUGCAUUAAUUAUAUUGAGCAGAAGCCCAAUUGGUUUGUGCAUUUUGGAUAAAUGAAAUAUUUUGCGUGUAAAUGUAGGUAUGGUGUAUGAACAUUACUUUAUUGUGUAGCAUGAGCUCAGCUACAUUUUAGGCAGUAAGUGGAGUGAAAGUUUUUUUUGUGAAAUGAUUAAGCGUUUAUGUUCAAAGUUAUUUCCCCCAAAAAAGUUUAAUGUAUACUACCGGUACUUCAUUGUGUAAUUGUCCGAUGUGUAGAUGGUAAGACUGACGAAAUCCCUGACCCCCCAUGUUUUUUCGUGGCUGGAGAAAGUCACCAAUAUGAUAUUCAUAUUUUUUUGCUUUUUCUGAACAUUAGUUUCUUUGUUUAUAUGUGUAGCAUUUCUACUCUGACAUGAACAAUAUAAAAGAUUAUAACAGAUUUUUAAAAUAAAACCAGAGCUGGAGAUUGUCGUUGAUACAAAAUAUUGGUGUGGGUGGGGGUGGGGUUCCUAAACAUGUGUUUGGGUGUUAUAGGUCCUGUGGAAUGAUACGUGUCUCAGCCAAAUGUGUUUUUUGUAGAAUUUAUGUAUUAAUUUAUUGAGGUAAAAAUAGGCAUUUGAUUUGUAGUUUUAAAACUGUAGAUAAAAGGUUUACACAUUGUAUCCAGUUUAACAUGUUGCCUUUUUCUAGUGAGUCUUUUAAUCAUAGUUUUUGUCAACAGGAUAAAUACAUGAAGCAUUCUUAUGUAAGCUUAAGUUAAGCGUAUGGGGCAUGUUUAUGGUUAUGUUAUUUUCUAUGAAAUGUUGAGUUUCAUCAGUAAAAAACAAAACAUAUAUUGGAAUCUUAUAUCUCUUUCAGCACUCGAGAAACAAAAAUCUGUUAAUAUCUGGUAGAAGAUAUAGAUAGAUAGAUAUUUGAGUCUUAAUGGAAUUUUUUACCACUAUUAAAAAAAAAUAUUUUUACCUUAUUUUAUCAAUUAGUGAAAUAAACCUUGAUCUUGCAUGGCAUUAUUUGAGACUGUGUGUAGCAUAUUAAAUUAUAAUAAAUUGUUUAUAUGAACCCUUUCUGUGUGUAACAUGAGAAAGAAUAAUGACUUGUAUAGAAAUAAUAACUGAUAUUUUAUAAAUUAUGGUGCAUUUGUCAUUGUCUUAAUACUGUCGAACUCCGCUUGGCUUCAAUUUCCCGAGGCUCGAGGUAUUUUCACUGGUUCCUGGGUAUUCGAGCCAAACAGUGUUCGACUGUACUGUGUGAAUCAUAAAACAUUAUCAUACCGAUGUCAUUACAAUCAUGUAACUGUUUCAUACAUCAUGUUAUACAAUUAAUGUUGUUUGUGCUUUGUCUUGUCAGUUCUGAAUGUUUAUUUUCCAGGGGGUCGUAACUUUAAUUAUCUUAAAUCUGUAUGAAUGUCACAAAUGGCAAUACAUCAAAAACAUAAUAUUUUCUUCACUUUGUGUUCAUUCUCAAUGCUGGCUUAAAGCUCCACUCUCACAGAUUGAACGUUUUGACAACUUUUUUAUUUUUUGUCUUGGAACGAGCCAAUUUUUGCGAAAAUCCAUGGAAACCAGUUAAAUAAGACUGCUUAAAAAAAUCAGAACGCAGAUUUUUAUAUUUAAGUUAAAAAAUUAAUGUUUUAUGCAUUUUUCUUAAACCGUUAGUUAUGGUUCAAGCCAUAAAACAUCAAUUUUCGAAAGGAAAUACGAAAAUCUACCAUCUGAUUUUUUGUCAGCAAUCUUUUUUUUUAAUUUAAAUACUCAGUAAAAUAUAAUAAGCACACAUAAAUAGUAAAAUUAUGAUUAUAUGACAUUAGGAUAAUUAAAAUUUACGACUAAAUUCUUGAAGAGGCCCCCUGACCAUGAACUGAAAAGUUUGUUACAUAAAAAAAUGGCAUUCGAUAUGCAAGUAUAUAAAAUUUUGAUGUCUCAUUGUUUUGGUAUUGAUUCAAACUUUUCUGCACAGAAAAAGAUGUAAGAAAUAAGACAAAAAAUCAUGUAAGUAGGAAGCAUUUUUGGUCUUGAACAAUGCCAUAUAGGUCAUUUUACGCAUGAUUUUAAUUGAAAUAUAAAUAAAUAUAUUAACUACAAUAAAUUUACGUGUAAUUUUGGUCAUUUAUUUUAGAUGAUAGUAAUUGGGAAGCAAUACCCAUUCCAAUGAUGCCUAAGAUUAUAUGAUUUCACCAGGUAUCAAAAUUUAACAUUUAAGUUGAUGAAGCAAUCAGAGAAUUAGCUUAUACUUGGGUUGGCAUAUGAUCCACACAUUUGGCUUGUGACCACUAACCACACAAUCACAUUCGUUCAGGACGGAAAUCCAACCUUGGUCACCUUGGUGAGAAGCGAGUUCGCUAACCACUGCGCUAACUGGACAACCUAAUUAGCUUAUUAAUGGGUUGGAAUAUGACCUACACACAUGAGCUAGUUCUCUUCUGAUAUCUUCAUCAACCUUAAUAUUCAAUUUUGAUGCAUAUUCAGGUAUCAUUUGAAAGGUAUUUUUGCUUAACAGUUACAAAUAUAUAAAAUAAAUACACAUAACCAAAAGCACAUCUAGUUACAUUGUAUUACUGUUUAUUUAUUUGAAAUCAGAUGUCAAUGACAUAUUUUGUAAUCUUUGAAGGCCAAAAGAAUCUGUUAUAUUAUUUUUGUAGGAAGUGUAUGCUCACUUUUUUUGUGCACAAAACCCUUCCAAAUGAUACACAAAAUAAGGAGUCACCUAGCCUCUAAAAUUCACAUAUUUAAAAGUCAAAUAUUUACACAUCACAGUCUGAUAUAAAAAUGUCUUGUGUACCAUUAAGAAGUGCAAAACCUUUAAAGCAUCAUAUGUUUUGUAUUCUAAAUUCUCUAAACGAAUUCACCCAUACAAUUCUACUUCUGGGCCGGUAUUAAUAAAACUUCAUAAGUUAUUUCUUAACUGAAGUUAAUUUCCUAAAAUUUCAUAGUCAUAUUAAAAUAAGUAUAAUUUUUAUAAUGUAAAAAUAAGUUAUCAUUGGAAAUGAAGCAUUUCAGAUAUUAUUAAGUUAUUAUAACAUAUGAUAAGAGAGAUACUUAAGAAAGGAAAUGACUUAAGAUGUUUUAGGAAUACUGGCUCUGCUAUUUAUAUAUAUACAUGUAACACCGUUCCAUAAUUGUUUGAUAUCUAUGAUUUUAAUAUAAAAAAUAGAGCUGCAGAUCAUUUUACUGAUGUGCACAUUUUUAAUGCGCUCACUUUCAUGUGACAUAAUGAAAUAAAUGUAUGACUGAACAAUA